UGUCCUCAGACGUGAAUGAAUGCACCUCCGGACACAACUCGUGCCACAGCUCCACCCACUGCCUCAACAAUGUGGGCGGCUAUCAGUGCCGCUGCCGCCCGGGCUGGUCGCCGAUUCCCGGCUCCCCUAACGGCCCAAACGACACUGUCUGCGAAGAUGUGGACGAGUGCAGCUCCGGGCAGCAUCGGUGCCACAACUCCACCAUCUGUGUCAACACCGUGGGCUCCUACAUGUGCCGCUGUGGCCCAGGCUGGAAGCCCAAACCUGGGCUCCAGAAUAACAAGAACACAACUGUGUGUGAAG